GGCAUUCCAAGGGUCUGGAAACAUCUUCGUGGGACCCAUCGAGAGGUUGUUUAAAGACGGGCACCCGCUCCCGCGCCCAGGUGGGGAAAGGGCUGGCCAGAAGUGAAAGUCCGGUCGGGGCGCCACACCUAGGCUGCGGAUUCCAAGAGACCGGAGGCUGGCGGCCUGGGAGGCGCGGCGGGGGCGGAGUCGCCGGGGGCCGGCUUCGCGCACUUCCCGGGCCUGGCCAGCCUGGAUGGACUAGCCGGGGCUAUGGCCGGCGCGGCGGCGGAGUCAGGGCGGGAGCUGUGGACCUUCGCGGGUUCCCGGGACCCGAGCGCACCGCGGCUAGCCUACGGCUACGGCCCGGGCAGCCUGCGCGAGCUGCGGGCGCGCGAGUUCGGCCGCCUGGCAGGAACUGUCUAUCUUGACCAUGCAGGUGCCACCUUGUUCUCCCAGAGCCAGCUCGAAAGCUUCACUAGUGAUCUCAUGGAAAACACUUAUGGUAAUCCUCACAGCCAGAACAUCAGCAGCAAGCUCACCUAUGACACUGUGGAGCAGGUGCGCUACAGAAUCCUGGCGCACUUCCACACCACCGCAGAAGACUACACUGUGAUCUUCACUGCCGGGAGCACGGCUGCUCUCAAACUGGUGGCAGAGGCCUUUCCAUGGGUGUCCCAGGGCCCAGAGAGCAGUGGGAGUCGCUUCUGUUACCUCACCGACAGCCACACCUCCGUAGUGGGUAUGAGGAACGUGACCAUGGCUAUAAAUGUCAUAUCCACCCCAGUCAGGCCAGAGGACCUGUGGUCUGCAGAGGAACAUGGUGCUUCAGCCAGCAACCCAGACUGCCAGCUGCCACAUCUCUUCUGCUACCCAGCUCAGAGUAACUUUUCUGGAGUCAGAUACCCCCUGUCCUGGAUAGAAGAGGUCAAGUCUGGGCGGUUGCGCCCUGUGAACACGCCUGGGAAGUGGUUUGUGCUGCUGGAUGCAGCCUCCUACGUGAGCACCUCGCCUUUGGACCUGUCAGCUCACCAGGCCGACUUUGUCCCCAUCUCCUUCUAUAAGAUCUUCGGGUUUCCUACAGGCCUGGGCGCUCUGCUGGUCCAUAAUCGUGCGGCUCCUCUACUGAGGAAGACCUACUUUGGAGGAGGGACAGCUUCUGCGUACCUAGCAGGAGAAGACUUCUACAUCCCGAGGCAGUCAGUAGCUCAGAGGUUUGAAGAUGGCACCAUCUCAUUCCUUGAUGUUAUCGCGCUAAAACAUGGAUUUGACACCCUAGAGCGCCUCACAGGUGGAAUGGAGAAUAUAAAGCAGCACACCUUCACCUUGGCUCAGUAUACCUACAUGGCCCUGUCCUCUCUCCAGUACCCCAAUGGAGCCCCUGUGGUGCGGAUUUACAGCGAUUCUGAGUUCAGCAGCCCUGAGGUUCAGGGCCCGAUCAUCAAUUUUAAUGUGCUGGAUGACAAAGGGAACAUCAUUGGUUACUCCCAGGUGGACAAAAUGGCCAGUCUUUACAACAUCCACCUGCGAACUGGCUGCUUCUGUAACACUGGGGCCUGCCAGAGGCACCUGGGCAUAAGCAACGAGAUGGUCAGGAAGCAUUUUCAGGCUGGUCAUGUCUGUGGGGACAAUAUGGACCUCAUAGAUGGGCAGCCCACAGGAUCUGUGAGGAUUUCAUUUGGAUACAUGUCGACGCUGGAUGAUGUCCAGGCCUUUCUUAGGUUCAUCAUAGACACUCGCCUGCACUCAUCAGGGGACUGGCCUGUCCCUCAGGCCCAUGCUGACACCGGGGAGACUGGAGCCCCAUCAGCAGACAGCCAGGCUGAUGUUACACCUGCUGUCAUGGGCAGACGUAGCCUCUCACCUCAGGAAGAUGCCCUCACAGGCUCCAGGGUUUGGAACAACUCGUCUACUGUGAAUGCUGUGCCUGUGGCCCCACCUGUGUGUGAUGUCGCCAGAACCCAGCCGACUCCUUCGGAGAAAGCUGCAGGAGUCCUGGAGGGGGCCCUUGGGCCACAUGUUGUCACUAACCUUUAUCUCUAUCCAAUCAAAUCCUGUGCUGCAUUUGAGGUGACCAGGUGGCCUGUAGGAAACCAAGGGCUGCUAUAUGACCGGAGCUGGAUGGUUGUGAAUCACAAUGGUGUUUGCCUGAGUCAGAAGCAGGAACCCCGGCUCUGCCUGAUCCAGCCCUUCAUCGACUUGCGGCAAAGGAUCAUGGUCAUCAAAGCCAAAGGGAUGGAGCCUAUAGAGGUGCCUCUUGAGGAAAAUAGUGAACGGACUCAGAUUCGCCAAAGCAGGGUCUGUGCUGACAGAGUAAGUACUUAUGAUUGUGGAGAAAAAAUUUCAAGCUGGUUGUCAACAUUUUUUGGCCGUCCUUGUCAUUUGAUCAAACAAAGUUCAAACUCUCAAAGGAAUGCAAAGAAGAAACAUGGAAAAGAUCAACUUCCUGGUACAAUGGCCACCCUUUCUCUGGUGAAUGAGGCACAGUAUCUGCUGAUCAACACAUCCAGUAUUUUGGAACUUCACCGGCAACUAAACACCAGUGAUGAGAAUGGAAAGGAUGAAUUAUUCUCAGUGAAGGAUCUCAGCUUACGUUUUCGUGCCAAUAUUAUUAUCAAUGGAAAAAGGGCUUUUGAAGAAGAGAAAUGGGAUGAGAUUUCAAUUGGCUCUUUGCGUUUCCAGGUUUUGGGGCCUUGUCACAGAUGCCAGAUGAUUUGCAUCGACCAGCAAACUGGGCAACGAAACCAGCAUGUUUUCCAAAAACUUUCUGAGAGUCGUGAAACAAAGGUGAACUUUGGCAUGUACCUGAUGCAUGCAUCAUUGGAUUUAUCCUCCCCAUGUUUCCUGUCUGUAGGAUCUCAGGUGCUCCCUGUGUUGAAAGAGAAUGUGAAAGGUCAUGAUUUACCUGCCUCUGAGAAACACCAGGAUGUUACCUCCUAAAAAAAAUUUUUAGCAUACAUUAAAGUUUCUCUUUUACAGUGA